CGCAGCUGCUAGGUGCGUCGCCUUGUGACACUGUGAGGACCUCUGGCUGAACACCUUGUAGGUCUCAACAUAAAUCGCACAGAAAGGAUCCUCAUCCGCUUGAGAUAUCAUCAUGAUUCUAGGCAGUUUCUUUCCAUGGAGCAGGUUACAGAUACUCUGCUGCACGAACUUUCGCACAUCAUCUUUGGACCGCACAAUGCCGACUUCAACAACCUCUGGAAUGAGCUCCGCGAUGAACAUCAGUCGCUGCUCACAAAAGGUUACACAGGUGAAGGUUUCCUUACACAAGGUCAGAAGCUCGGAGGUAGGCGUAUACCAGUCGACGAGAUGCGUCGUGCCGCUAGAUCGGCCGCAGAGAAGCGCAAGGCUAGCACUAACCUGAACGCUGGUGGUCACCGACUAGGAGGCGCUCCUGUAACAAACGGGGUCGACAUGCGCAAGGUCAUCUCGGAGGCAGCCACGCGACGGACUAGUAUCACCGAGGGCUGCGCAAGUGGAAGUGCCCAAGCUGGAAACUUGCUGCAUCAACAAGAACAGGAUGGCUUUAGGACCGCGGCUGAACAGAACGAUGGGAACGACGAGGCAAUCGCACGGGCACUACAGGAUCUUUUAUACGAAGAGGAAAUGCAGAGGCUCGAAGAACUUGGCGCUCCGACGGGUGGUGGUGGCCUUGCAUGGGAUCGACAGAAUGGACUACAAUUCGAUAGCAACCCUCCAUCGAGAACAACAUCACCUGUACCGAGUGCGUCGCCGGGGCUGAAUUGGAGCAAAGAGCACGGAUUGUCUGCGUUACCAGCAACAGCCACGUCUCAGCGCCCUGCAGCUUCGCGUACGGUGUCUAAUCCCGCACAACGACACCAGCCCUCGCGCCUGCUUCUGGAGACGAACCGAACGUCUUCUUCGUCACGAACGAAUCGCCCAGAGUCGCGCCUGAUCUCGCGAGACGAGCAGGACCACCGCAACAAACAACUACCGUCCAUACCGCCACCCGUCUCGCCACCAGCGUCACCACCAGUGCCUACCAACCUCGACGAAUGGGCGUGUCCGCAGUGCACGCUUCACAAUCCUCUAGAUUUCCUGCAGUGUGGCGUGUGUGGCCUAGAGCAGCCUCCGCAACCAAUCCCACGACACAAGCGUUUCGGCUCUUCACAUACAGCACCCAGUCUGCCCGCGCCGCCGCCACAGUCCGGGCUGCGAGGCGCAGGAGCAACACCUUUUGAGCCCGCAAAGGGAAGGAUUGGCUGGAAUUGUCUGCAGUGUGGUACGUUUAUGGAAAACCAGUGGUGGACUUGUUCACUCUGCGGUACGAUGAAGGCGGAUUCUUGAGAAGGCCAAUGUUGCGAGACAUUAGAGAUGGAAGCUGCGAAGUUGCGCGGGACGCAGUCCACCGACCUAUGCAUAAAACAGUAGCACAUAUACCACCUGGACCUGCUUUAGUCGCAUCAAUGACAGCGUAUGGCAGAUUGCUGGGCCUGAUAGCUAAUCCAUCUGGAAGUUCUCUACGUCACGAGCUUAAUGUUUAUUGCGAUCUUUCCUCCCAAAUACGAUCGUGCUUUCCUCAUUGACAUGGCCAAGGAUUGGUGCUUGGAAGCCGGAGCUUCUCACAGGAUCUGAUGGAACAGCUCACAUCGUCCUCCAACGAUUGCUCGUGCU